AUGGCAUUUCGGUGGAUUGUCAACGCCGGCCUGUUGGCCAUCCCGAUCGGGACCACCAUUGGAGUCCUGGUGGGCAUCGACGCUCAGCGGCAAGCAUCUGGCCAACAACCUCUGUUUUCCGGUGGUGAUAAUGGUAGCAGUACCGGCGGCAACGGCGGACUAGGCGGCGGAGGCAGCACUGGUGGUGAUGGUGGAAAUGGCGGCGGCUCCUCGGACGAUAAUGGCAUCUCGUGGAUCGAGAACUGCAACCUGACCUACGGUAUUGAGCCGCCGACGAAGGGACAGGAAUAUAUUCUGAACCCCAAUCAAUGGGGUGUGCUCGACGGAACCUCGGGAAUGUGCAUGAAUGUAACCGCCUUUAACAACGGCAGCUACGCCACCAACUCCACUGGCCCCGAGUUUGCCGUCACUUGGAGCUAUAAGCCAGGUAGCAGUGACCAGCCCGUGCACGCCUUUCCCAAUAUCAUGAUCGAAGGCGACACUUUGCCCGUUGCCCUAUCCGACCUGAAAACAAUCCACAUGGACGUCGAAUGGACGUAUGGCUUGGGAAACGACCCCAGCGCCACGACUGAUGAUGCUACUCUCAAGGCCGAGGACCUGAAUGCCAACGUCGCCAUUGAUAUGUUCUUGGACAGCGACAAGACCGUUGCAUCCAACAGCAGCCAGGCCAAGUACGAAAUCAUGAUCUGGUUUGCUCAAUAUGGUCCCUCUACAGAUCCCAUCGGCUACGACGGAACCUUGGAUGACAAAGGCAUAAUAACGAACAGGACUGUCAAUGGCACCUUAUUCCACCUUUAUUCCGGCAAAAACGGCCAAGGUCAGAAUGUACUCACGUAUAUCACUGAUACGACAACAGAAAGCUUUAGCGGUAAUCUCCAAGAGCUACUCACGCUGCCGGAGUCGGGUAUCACCGCCAGUAACUUCCCUGCAGACACCGACUAUCUGGGCCACUUCAGUUUCGGCUCCGAGGCGUUUUAUUCCCUGAAAAAUGUCACGUUUCAUGUGCCCACUUUUGCGAUAGAUAUACGGACGUAA